AUUGAAACUGUCAAUCAAGAUUAAUGGGCUAUAUAAAGGCAUAUUGUCGUCGUGCCGGUAGUCAGACAGUGCUGGGAUGGAAAAGGCAAAAAGAAGACGCAAAAUUAAUUCGUUGUGUUGUUUGGCGCAGGCACCGUGUUGGCAUUGGUUCUACAUGUCAGCUAUUGUCACCGCAUUUUCGUAAUGUGACAAAGACGUAUGUUUCUCGGACCUCUGAUAUUCAAGCUGGAAUUAUCAUAAUUCUGUCGUAGAAGGGUUGGCUACUGCUAGGUUAUGGAGAAGACUUAAUUCCAACAUCUGGUAUCCACUCACUUUGGAAAGGUGCGCUUUGCCUAUGUGGAUACUUAAACUUUAUUCUCAAAAAAGGCAUAUCUCACUAAGUCGUAAUGGAUUUAAAUAACUUGGGACACGCUUUGCUUUUCCCGUUCAACAUAAUCUUCUGCAUAUUAAAAUCAUGCUUGGGAUUGUUCAUCCCGAGCAGACGGAAAGACCUACGUGGAGAGGUGGUGUUGAUCACAGGCGGUGGACGGGGCAUUGGUCGGCAUUUGGGCAAGGAGUUUGCAAAAAAUGGGGCAAAAAAGGUGAUCCUGUGGGGACGCACCGAGAGGUGUCUGAAGGAGACCUGCGAGGAGAUCUCUCUUACCACGGGAGCCGAGUGCCACUACUUCCUGUGUGAUGUAGCCAAUCGCGAGGAGGUGUACAAGCAGGCCAAGGUGGUCCGAGAGAAGGUAGGCGAUGUCACCAUACUGGUGAAUAACGCAGCAGUGGUUCAUGGGAAGAGUCUGAUGGACAGUGAUGAUGAUGCUUUGAUGAAGACUCAAUACAUCAACACUCUGGGCCAGUUCUGGACCACCAAAGCUUUCCUUCCACGCAUGCUGGAGCUUUGCCACGGCCACGUGGUGUGCAUCAACUCCAUCCUGUCCCUGUCCUCCAUCCCGGGGGCCAUAGAUUACUGCACGUCCAAGGCCUCAUCUCUGGCCUUCAUGGAGAGCCUGACCUUGGGGCUGCUGGACUGCCCGGGGGUGGGCUGCACCACCGUGCUCCCCUUCCACACCAACACAGACAUGUUCCAGGGCAUGAGAGUCAGGUUUCCUCAGCUCUUCCCCCCGCUGAACCCGGAGCUGGUGGCCCAGCGGACAGUGGACGCCGUCCGGACCAACACACCGUUUAUCUACUUACCUUGGACCAUGCGUGCUCUUGUUAUCCUCAAGAGCUUCCUGCCUCAGGCGGCUCUGGAGGAGAUCCACCGCUUCGCUGGGUGCUAUACCUGCAUGGACACAUUCAAGGGGCGGACAUAGGAAGAGAGGAGCCUGGCAUGAGCCCAGGUCAUCCUUGAAUUGCAAUGGCAUUUGCGUUCCCUGUCUAAAAAAAAAAUGUUAGAAUGAAAAAUAGUUUCAAAUCAUACAUGUUUUUGGUUCGUAUUUAACAGUUAAUCAAUAAUGACAGAUAGAGCAAGUCCGUUAUACAACGUUAUUUAAUAUAUUAAUAGGAACAAGAAAAGGUUGAUUAAACAAUAAAAAAACGAGGCAGUUUAAAUGUCUUCUGUAAACUAGUGUGUGUGCUCUAGUUUCAUGGAAUAGUUGUGGAGACCCUGAACAUCGGAGAUUACAAAGACAUACAGGAAACGUUGCACAUUCUCUCCAGUGGCCUGUUAUGAGGGUAAGAAUAUAUUAAAGAAAACGGCAUUCGAUGUACUGAAAUCCUAUGUGUCUGUUGAAACUACUCCAUUUAAAGGAGGAGGUAUUACAUUGGGAGGCAAUGUAAACAUUUUAAAUAAUUUGUUACUGUAGAUUUAAGCAUGUGAUCUAGAUCCAUUAUUGCUGUUAACUACCCCUCGUGUUGACACGCUGUCAUGGUAAUGGGAAAAUGGCUCCUGGAAGUGGCUCUGGAUAAGCCAGCGCCUACUAAAUGACUAAAAUAUAAAACAAAAUCUCAAGUCAUUAAGGCAGAUCAUUCUCUCUUAAGAAUAUUUUUUACCCGAAUACAAACAAAUUGUGUUCCCCCUCCAAAAUCCUAUACCCAAAUGCCACAGUAAUUCAAGAAGGACCUGUCAAUUUCAACAUCAGAAACACACCUUGUGGCACUAUGAACUGCACUGCAGCAGCCCGUCAAAGGAGGGGACUUCUCCAAAACAACAGAGGCCUUAUAAACUAUGGGUACUUGGGGUCAAAGGGCAAAGCGGUGCAAGAAGGGGAUGCUGUGGAAUCAUGAAUUGAAUAUUGAUGGGUUGCUAGAUUGGGUAACCUCCAACUUAUUUCUAUGCAGCCACACUGCUUAAAGUUGAAGGGGUUUCCUCCAAAGCCUUUCGGUUUGGGUUAAUGGACUAAGCAUCAGAUGGACUGGUAUUCAGAACUGAUCAAGCCUUUACCAUUGUGGUAAACUUCCCAUGUUUAGUUAAUGACACUAAUUAGAAAAAAAUGCACAGAGAUUAAGGGGAGUGGUUCAUACUCAGGACGUUGACAAACAAGUUGCAUUUCAUUUGAGAUUUCUUUGGGUGUUUUGGUGACUAGGAAUACAAAAUGUUGGAAUCUGUCAAAUAAACAUUUUAAUAUUUUGGGGGAUACGCAGUAUUGGGAAUAUGCUGACCUGUCUCUAAUGCCAAUAUAAAUAUUAGGAUUGUAUGAAAUGCAGUAUUAAAGACGUAUACAUGGAAUAUUA